AUGGGCGUCACCACCUCGCCGGAGUACUGGCGAUCUUUGGUCCGUCUGAUGGGACCAGAAGCAGUCAAUGCAGCGAUGCCGACCACGCUUUGCCAGGUCGGCAUAUGCUCAUACUUACAGUGGGAGUCCCGAGUCGGCGGCGAUGCUGGAAUUUUGUACUGCCAGGUACCCUGGUUCGUCUAUCGUUCAGGGAUGACGAUGAUGAUCAGUCUGUUGAAGAUAGGGCACAGCGAAUGUAACGAUCUCGUCGGUGUGAAGGUAGUUUCCGUUGAGCAUCAAAAGGGUCGGUGGAUGCAACUGACAUUUUGGCUGGAGACUGUCAAGAUGCUAUAUCCGAAAUUCCGAGGACCAGUGUUUCCUUUUCUGUUCGCUCGGCCGAGAGUCCGCAAAGUUGGCGGGAUACUAUAUAUAGUCAUCCCGCCCGACGGCAUGCGGCAUACAUAUGGACCCCGUUUAUUAGAAACAAUUCCCUGCGACGAUUACCCAGCGUCUAAUUGCCCCCGAAUACUUGCGUCGGACGCGGACGCGGAUGCGGACGCACGGUAUCUCGGGAACAAAUCCGGAUAA